AUGAACGCACAUAUGAAUACUUUCACUGCAGACGCUCCCAUCAGAUUUAAUCACAAGAUAAAUCUGAUUGCUGGAAGAGACAGACUCCUUGUGGAAUUGUUGAUCCACCAACACCUCUCAUAUGCUGAUCAUGGGCAAUCGGGUGCUGCCUGGGAUGAAAUCCUCAAAAAGGUCAAUGAUGCAGGAGGUAAAGGCAACGAAAUUGGUGUCUUAACACUCAAGCAGAGACACAAGAAUCUGUUUUUAAAGGAGGCUGAAGGAGAUCGGGGCAAGGCCAUGAAAAAGCAAUUGGCUUCUGAGGAAGAAGUUCAGAAGCAGGCAGCUGCAGAUAAAGUUGUGGAGAGAGCAACUUUAUUGAAGUCCAACAAUCCGUUGAGAGUUGUUGAACAAAAGAAAUGGACAGAUAAAGUAGAGGGCAGUUCUUCUGGACAUCUAGUUGGUCAAUCGAUGGCCGACUUUUCUGAUGCCAGAGAAAUGUUGAAGUCCUUUCGGGAUGAAUUGUCCAGUAUGGUGGCUGGAAUAAGUGAUGGUGAGGUACUUACCUUAAUGCGCAGGUUGGAGAAGAAUGUCAAAAGAGGAUUUCUGGCUAUUGAGACAAGACAGAGAACACUGGAGCAGAAGCAGACUCUGCUAGAGGAGAGACAGGCUCGUUUCAAGUACAAUAUGCAGAGAUACCUGCUUUAA